UUGCAGCACUGGUCGUCUUGACAGCUGACAGCUGUUUUUGUUGGCCGAGGCAUAGAAGCAAUUUUAUAAGUUUAAUCGAAUUUUGGUAAAGCUAGCCAUGGCCCAAGUUCCCUUGGCAAUUGUCUCCCACAAGCGCCAGGUGUGCAGCUUGUACAAGCGUGCCCUGCGCAACCUAGAGGCCUGGUACGACCGACGCAAUGACUACCGCUACCGCGCUGUGCAACUACGAGCGCGCUUUGACGAAAACCGCAGCAAGGACUUGGGCGAGGGCAUCCGAUUGCUUGCCAGUGGCCAGAAGGAACUCUUCGAAACGAAGCAUUACCAGCCCAGAAACUUUGCCAACAGCCCUGGCGGUUGUGCAUUCGAGCGUGAAGUUAUCCCGCCGGACUGGGUGCUAGACUAUUGGCAUCCCCUUGAGAAGGCGCAGUACCCCGAGUACUUUGCCAAACGGGAACAGCGCAAGAAGGAGUACGUGACCUGGUGGGAGAAGCAAUACGGCAAGCCGGAUCCGAAGGACCUGGGACACCACUAGCCGCCUACCCGUAGUACUGUAGUGAAACAUCCAAUCUUUGUCUUAUAAAAGUGAAUCUAUUGGAGCUA